AUGGGGUUACUCACUAUCAUCCGAAAAAAUCGCCUUAAAGCGCAGGAAAUGCGUAUUCUCUUUCUUGGCCUCGAUAAUGCCGGAAAAACGACCAUAUUGAAGUAUAUAUCACAUGAAGACACGUCGACAACGUCUCCUACGCUUGGUUUCAACAUAAAGACGCUUGCCUUACCAUCCUCACCAUACACCCUAAACAUAUGGGAUGUCGGGGGCCAACGGACUCUCAGGCCAUAUUGGCGCAACUAUUUUGAGCAAACGGACGCCAUAGUGUGGGUCGUUGACUCUGCGGAUCGAAUGCGCAUGCAAGAUUGUAAGCAGGAAUUGCGGGGUCUCUUGAGUGAGGAUCGUCUAGCAGGUGCAUCCCUCCUCGUGUUUGCGAAUAAGCAGGAUCUUCCGGGGGCAUUGAAUAUUCCCGAAAUUAUAGCCGCAAGUUCGCUCCGUCUCAACAGCAUCAAAUCUCACCACUGGAAGAUAUUCGCAUGCAGUGCAAUGACCGGUGCUAACGUGUUCGAAGGGCUUGACUGGGUUGUAGGUGACGUUGCUGGAAGGUUGUACUACUAUUCCUCUACAUCUCUCAACUCUUCUUUCGUUUCCCGGCCGCACGAUAUCAAUACAAACCCUGCCUCAGUUUGA